AUGAGCUUGUAUGCCUCCGGAGACAGCGCCGGGUCUUUUAUUGUUGACGCAGAAAUCUCGCAUCUGCGCGGCGAGCAGUGGGAUCACGAUGAGGUUUCUCGGGAUCUAGAAGUCGAAAUCUCGAUUGAUGAGACUCAAUUGCAUCUGAAACAUACCGUGAAGGUCGAUUCGUCCUCGACCGAGGUCGACUUCCCCUUGCGCGGCAUUCCUGCUCGUUUUGAGCCCUACUCCGUGACAGUCAAGGCGUCUCGUCCCGAUGGUCGCAAGGUGUACACUGCUAAGACGCAGCUGUAUCAUUUGCCUCGCCGCACGGAUGGUGGGAGUAUCACCAAGCUGGACAGUCUGUAUGGUGGACUCCUGGUGCAGAAUCACACCCGCGGCAGCACAUCCCCCUGGUCGCCGCUGCUACCCUACUCCUUCUAUGUCAGCUGGGACGGAUGGCUAGAGAAAUCGUUGAGCAAUGUUCAGAAGUUCAAGGACGAUGGUUACAACAUCAUCCACAUUGUCCCCAACGCCGGACUGGCGAAUGAGGCCUUCAACUUCACCGUGCUAGACCGGUUCCUCGAUAAGUGCGAUGAGGUCGGUCUGUGGGUGAUGUACGACAUGCGAUGGACGUACAAAAACCACACCUCCGUCCGCUACCAAGUCGACAUUCUGAAGACACACAAGAGUCUGCUCCUGUGGUAUACAGGCGACGAGCCCGACGGGAACAGCGACCCGGUCCACGCGCCCAAAGCCACAUACGAGCUGAUCAAGUCCCUGGAUCCAUGGCAUCCUGUCUCGCUGUGCCUGAACUGCUACAAUUUCCAUUAUGCAGAGUACUCCUCUGGCGCAGAUAUCAUUCUCUCUGAUGUUUACCCCAUCGGCAUCAACGCCACCUAUUCCACCGUCUGGAACACGCCCUGCAAUACCACCUACGGCGACUGCGGCUGCGACGACUGCAAGGGAGAGCUUGAGGAUAUUGCGGUGCGCCUCGACCGGUUCGCAGAGUAUCAGACCUGGUUGGGACGGAGCCCUAAGACGUUCUGGGGCGUGCCUAUGGCAUUCGGCAACGAGUCUUACUGGCCGCGCUAUCCCACGCCCGACGAGGAGAUCACCAUGACAAUGCUCAGUCUCAACCACAACGCCAAGGGCAUCGUCAUGUGGGACUAUCCCACCAGCGACGCGCUUGCGAAGGCUACGAGCCAGCUGAGCCGGGUUGUGGCUAGUGACGAGGUGGCGAGGUUUAUGCUCGGUGCGUCUACCGUUCCGUUGUCUGUGAUGGGUGGUCCGAGUAUGGAUGCUGCGGGUUGGAGGGUUGGUGAUAAGAUGCUGGUUAGUAUCUUGUCGCUGCAGUAUUCGGCCUGGUCAUCGUCUGUCACAGUUAAGCUGCCCGAAGGCGCGCGCGCAAUUACCCAGGUCCUUUGGGGAUCGGGUCACUGGCGGUUGGUGAAUGGUCAUUUGGUCAAGGAUGGUGGUGAUGGCCUGGAGACGGACUUGGUGGUAGUGCAGUUUUAA